AUGGCUAUUCCCGUGGGACGCACCCUCUUUAAGAAGAAGGAGGGUGUCCUGACUCUCACGAGUGACCGCCAGCUUGUCACUUGGACUCCUAAUUCCGGGGGCCCUCCCACCGUGACACUUAAUAUCAACAAUAUCACAAAUCUUCAGCAGACUCCAGAUUCCUCACCAAAGGUAAUGCUAAAAAUCUUCGAAAAAGUUGGAGAUGCGGACCCUGCUACAUAUCUCUUUCAUUUCAACACCGCCGAAGCCAAGGAUGAGGCGAAGGCCGUCAAAGAUCUCCUGUCUACAUUAUUAGCGUCAUCGCGCGGUGGUGAUGUGGCUGUUCCCAAGCCUUCCGGUUCAAAUGGCGGUUCUUCAACACCAAACCCAAGCGCUGCGGGCACUGGUAGCGGUUCAGCAUCCAUGGCCUUUGCCAGCGCUGUCAAUUCACAGCAUGCUUCAUCCUCGCGCUGGUUCGAUGACUCACAACUCAAGAACGACAUAGAACUACAGCAGUCCCUCAUGAGAAAAGAAACUAGCCUACAUCAGACUUACGUCGAAGCGAUGCAAACCAAGCCCGAAUCAUUAUCAGGAGCCGCGUUUAAUUCACAGUUUUGGUCGACGCGCAUAAACAUUCUCCGCGCUCACGCGAUUGAGAUUAACCAGAAGAAAGGAGCCUAUAACGUCCUCUCUACGGUCAAGCCUAAGACAGUUGACGGUGAGCUAAAAUUGAACAUCAGCGUGGAGCAGGUACAGAUGAUAUUCGCUCAACAUCCUCUGAUCAAGCGUGUUUACAACGAGAACGUCCCCAAAUUAUCCGAGGCAGAAUUCUGGUCACGCUUCUUCCUCAGCAGACUUUCCAAAAAACUACGCGGUGAACGAGUCAUAGAAAAUGACACUACUGACCCUCUGUUCGACAAAUACGAUCCAAGCGAGAAUACGGUCGCGUUUCAGAGCAAGAUUAUGGCCCAGCAGGUGCCACACAUCAUCGACAUAGAGGCCAACGAAGAAAACCAAGGUGGUUUCAGAAGCGGCAACGCAAAGGACGUCGAGAUGCGCCCAAGAGCGAACAUGCCCAUCGUGAAGACGCUGAAUAGCCUCAGCGAGAAGAUCAUGGCCAAUGUGGCACCGUCUGACGUUAACACGGACGACCCUGAUGGCGGAUACAAUGCCUACGUUCAACUGGCAUUGCGUGAUCUCAAGGGCGAUGCUCAAGAGCAUCGUAUCAUGCUCAACGUGAAUGAACAGAACAAGUUCUUCUCGAAACACGACUCAGCCCCCUCGAAGCAAGCUGCCAUCUUCGAAAAACAAGUACCCAGCGAUGUGCUUUUCGAUAUUAUGGCAGAUCUAGAUACACUCGAGAGUGAUGGAGCUGGCGGCAUCAACAUCCAGGCAGCAAUGGGAUUCGACGAACAAAGCGACAGCGACGACGACACCCCUAAAAGACCACAUGUUGGUUCUCGCUCUGCCCUCCUGGCUGCUGAUAAGGACAUCAUGAAGGGAAUACGCCAGCAACGUGUCCAGAAGUACGGCCAUGACACGGACACUGCUGAGCCUAUGGGUCUACCUGUUGAGAUUUCCCGCAAGUGCAGCCUCACUCAUGCGACCACCAUUGAGUUCUUACACCAAUUCUGGAACGCAUUCCUCUCGGGCGAUCCAGACCGUGCUGGCGAACUACAGUACUUGGCCGAGUCUCUUGGUCGCUCUCUUACACGAAUCAACACCGUCGCGGAAGAAGCGGACAACGAACGGGAGGAGAUCAUCCGCAAUCGUAAGAAGGAGAUCCGUGAUCACUUUGAGCGUACCGGUAAGAAAAUUCGGUGGAGAUCUGAUAAUGUCGGAGGUGGGAAAACGGCGGUUAUUGCUUUGAUGCAGCCAACGAUUAAUGCGUUGGAAAAGGCCCAGGCAGAUUACUCGAGAGCACUGGCGGCUGAGGGGAUUCAGGUAUCAACAGAGGCAUAA